GUUUUGUUUCAGGGCCCCAUGAAGCGGCUGUCAUGCGCAUAGCGGCACUGAUUGCACUUGUGCAGCUGUCGCUCGCUACAGCUUCAGAUGGCGAAACCCUCACUGCUGCCGAGCUGAACUACCAGCUGUCUGGCAACGUCCUCUCCCCCUUCUACGAGUCCUCAGAGGAGACCGGGGUCACCUUCAUCCGCGGGUCGCGAGCGGCCGACUCGCCACAGGCACCUGAUAUUGAUGUACAAUGUUCGGGAGAUUUUAUUGAUGUUACUGUGGAGUUUGCUGAUGUUUACGAUGGAAUCAUUUACAGUAAAGGGUUUUUGAAUGAUCCUAAAUGCAAAUACGUGUCGUUAGGCGGCAGCCAGUCUCGCUACUCGUUCCGAGUGCCGCUGAGCGGCUGCGGCUCCCGCCCUCUAUGCAACGCGUGCGGCACCAUCGACAAUGUCCUCGUCUUCCAAGCUGACGACUUCGUGCAGGGCCCGCUUGACUUCGCCAGAAAGGUGUCAUGCGCCCGCACAUCAUACGAGCUGUCCACCGGGGUGAGCCAGGAGUCUCACACACUGAAACUGAAGCCAUUCAUGGUUGACAUGUUAGAUGUGGUGGCCGUCGAAGGACCAGCGGGUGGUGUGGAGUGCUGGAUGGACAUACAGAAGGGUGUCUUCCCUAAUACGACCCCGCUAAAAGACUCCAUCAAGAUCGGCGAGUACUUGACCAUCCUGGUAUACCUGAAGGAUGUGAGGAACCAGUUCAACCUGAAGAUCCACGAUUGCUGGGCGUAUGAUAGUGAACAGUACGACAACCCGAAGACCAACAAGAUACAACUUACGGACAAAGAGGGAUGUCCCAAGAAGAGGAAUCUUAUAGAUUUGUGGCAGAAAAGCACAAACACUGGCAAGAGCGGUGCCACGCUCAUCGCUUACAGUAAAGUGAGCGCAUUCCGCUUCCCUGAGACCGACCAGGUCUAUCUCACUUGCAAUGUCGAGCUCUGUACGAGCAACUGCGAUGGAGACUGCAAAGGAAUCACGACCGAAAUAACAACAGGCCCACCUCAGAUCAAAUGCUAUCCCGGAUCCACAGAUCCUAGGUGUCCAAAAGCCAUACCACCCGCACCUAACUGCUACCCUGGUAGCACGGAUCCAAGAUGCCCUCAAAUACAGACAACACCCCCACCGACUUAUGUACCAACCGGUCGACCAAAUUGUUACCCAGGUUCAUCUGAUCCAAGGUGUCCAAGACCUACUACGCCUUCCCAGCCAAACUGCUUCCCUGGUAGCAAUGACCCUGGGUGUCCUAGAUCGACUACGCCAACUGCCCCUAACUGCUACCCAGGAUCUACAGACCCUAGGUGUCCAAGACCUUCUUCACCUUCACAGCCGAAUUGCUUCCCAGGCAGCAAUGACCCUAAAUGUCCUAGACCAACAACGCCAGCACCACCAAACUGUUACCCCGGAAGCACGGAUCCUCGCUGUCCAAGGCCGACUACCCCUGCGCCUACUACCACUGCCCGUCCGAAUUGCUACCCUGGAUCCACAGAUCCACGCUGCCCAAGACCAACAACUCCUGCUCCUCCUAAUUGUUACCCUGGCAGCACAGACCCUAGAUGUCCAAAACCUACCACACAAAAACCAGUCUGUUACCCUGGAUCCCCUGAUCCCAAAUGCCCCCAACCUUCAAGACCAACUACUUUGUCGCCACCGACGUACUUACCCCCAUCGACUACUGGACAGCCCAAAUGCUACCCUGGAAGUAACGAUCCACGUUGCCCCAGACCUACUACCCCGGCUGCACCCAACUGCUACCCUGGAUCCACGGAUCCUCGUUGCCCAAGACCGACUACUCCCGCACCAACAACCACUGCUCGUCCUAAUUGCUACCCUGGAUCCACAGAUCCACGUUGCCCAAGACCAACUACACCAGCGCCCCCUAAUUGCUACCCUGGAAGCACCGACCCUCGAUGCCCUAAACCUACUACACAAAAACCAGUGUGCUACCCUGGAUCCCCUGACCCCAACUGCCCUCAACCUCCAAGACCAACUACUUCGUCACCACCAACAUACUUGCCUCCAUCAACUACAGCACAGCCUAAAUGCUAUCCUGGAAGUAACGAUCCAAGAUGCCCACGGCCUACUACACCAGCGUCUCCUAAUUGCUACCCUGGGUCUACGGAUCCACGUUGCCCAAGACCCACUACUCCUGCUCCUACAACCACUGCUCGUCCUAAUUGCUAUCCCGGAUCCACGGAUCCCCGUUGCCCAAGUCCAACAACGCCUGCUCCACCAAACUGUUACCCUGGAUCUACAGAUCCUCGUUGUCCAAGACCGACUACCCCUGCGCCUACUACACCAGCGCCUCCUAAUUGCUACCCUGGAUCCACAGAUCCACGUUGCCCAAGACCAACCACUCCUGCUUCUCCUAAUUGUUACCCUGGAAGCACAGACUCCAGAUGUCCAAAACCUACCACACCAAAACCAGUGUGCUACCCAGGAUCCCCUGAUCCCAACUGCCCGCAACCCCCAAGACCAACUACCCCAGCACCACCGAAUUGUUACCCUGGAUCCACAGAUCCACGUUGCCCAAGACCCACAACUCCUGCUCCACCAAACUGUUACCCUGGAAACACGGAUCCACGUUGUCCAAGGACCACCCCUGUGCCUACAACCACUGCCCGUCCCAAUUGUUACCCUGGAUCCACGGAUCCACGUUGCCCAAGACCCACAACUCCUGCUCCACCAAACUGCUACCCCGGAUCAACUGAUCCUCGUUGCCCCAAACCCCCCACGCCUACUACGCCAAAUUGUUACCCUGGAAACACGGAUCCACGUUGUCCAAGGACCACCCCUGUGCCUACAACCACUGCCCGUCCCAAUUGCUACCCUGGAUCCACGGAUCCACGUUGCCCAAGACCCACUACUCCUGCCCCACCAAACUGCUACCCCGGAUCGACAGACCCCCGUUGUCCAAAACCAACUUCUCCUAAACCUGUUUGCUAUCCAGGUUCUCCCGAUCCUAACUGUCCACAACCAUCAAGACCUACAACCCUAACUCCUCCAACAUACUUACCCCCUGAACCGGAGAAACCUAAAUGCUACCCUGGUUCCACUAAUGCAAGAUGUCCUAGGCCAUCUACUCCGGCACCACCUAAUUGCUUCCCUGGGUCAACUGAUCCUCGUUGCCCUAAACCUACCACUCCAGCACCUCCAAAUUGUUAUCCUGGGUCCACGGAUCCUCGGUGUCCAAGGCCAACCACCCCAGCUCCUCCAAAUUGCUACCCUGGAUCCACGGAUCCUCGUUGUCCAAGACCUACUACCCCUGCACCUACAACCACAACUCGUCCUAAUUGCUACCCCGGAUCCACAGAUCCACGUUGCCCAAGGCCAACUACCCCUGCACCACCUAGAUGUUAUCCUGGAAGCACAGAUCCAAAAUGCCCUAAACCUACAACACAAAAACCCGUAUGCUACCCUGGAUCCCCCGACCCUAACUGCCCUCAACCUCCAAGGCCCACCACAACUUCACCCCCCACUUACUUACCCCCAUCAACUACUGGACAGCCAAAAUGCUAUCCUGGAAGUAACGAUCCACGAUGCCCAAGACCUACAACCCCAGCACCGCCGAACUGCUAUCCUGGAUCCACGGAUCCACGUUGUCCAAGACCUACUAGUCCUGCGCCUACGACUACUGCUCGCCCCAAUUGUUAUCCAGGCAACAAUGAUCCAAGAUGCCCUAAGCCAACUACUCAGGCCCCACCUAACUGCUACCCAGGCAAUAAUGACCCUAGGUGUCCAAGACCAACUACCCCUGCUCCUCCUAGAUGCUUCCCUGGAAGCACCGACCCUCGUUGUCCAAAACCAACUACCCCAGCCCCUCCAAAUUGCUACCCUGGUAAUAGGGACCCUCGCUGCCCCCAAACGACUCCUAGACCCGCUUGCUACCCUGGUUCCCCUGACCCUAACUGCCCUCAGCCAUCACGACCAACCACUUUGACCCCACCAACAUACCUUCCACCUUCAACUGCGACACCAAAGUGCUACCCCGGUUCUAAUGAUCCGCGUUGUCCAAAACCCACAACGCCAGAACCUCCUAAAUGUUAUCCGGGAUCAAAUGAUCCUCGCUGCCCGAAACCAACUACCCCUGCUCCGCCAAAUUGUUACCCUGGAAGCACAGAUCCAAGAUGCCCAAAACCCACAACUCCUGCUCCUCCCAAUUGCUUCCCCGGAUCAAACGAUCCUCGUUGCCCAAAACCAACUACCCCAGCCCCUCCAAACUGCUAUCCUGGCAACACAGAUCCAAGAUGCCCGAGACCUACAGCACCUCCGCAGAUUAAAUGUUACCCAGGAUCAACCGAUCCUAGAUGUCCAAAACCAACAACUCCUAAGCCUGUUUGCUACCCCGGUUCCCCGGACCCUAACUGCCCACAACCUUCAAAACCUUCGACUUUAACACCACCUACUUACAUACCACCUUCCUCUCAAGCACCAAGGUGUUACCCAGGCUCGAAUGACCCUAGGUGCCCUAAACCAACUACCCAGGCACCUCCUAACUGCUAUCCAGGAAAUAAUGACCCUAGAUGUCCUAGACCUACUCCACCACCCACCACACAAGCACCGAGAUGUUACCCAGGCAGCCAAGACCCUAGGUGCCCUAAACCCACAACCCCUGCCCCUCCUAAUUGCUUCCCUGGAUCAACUGAUCCUCGCUGCCCAAAACUGACAACCCCUGCUCCUCCGAACUGCUAUCCAGGAAACACAGAUCCCAGGUGCCCUAGACCUACUACCCCUGCCCCUCCUAACUGUUACCCUGGAUCCACUGAUCCUAGAUGCCCUAAGCCUACAACUCCGGCACCUCCAAGGUGCUAUCCAGGAAGUAAUGACCCUAGAUGUCCUAAGUCCACAACAGCUAAACCUGUCUGCUACCCAGGAUCUCCCGACCCGAGCUGUCCACAACCACCAAAAACAACAACGGUUGGACCCACAUACUUGCCACCUUCCACUCAAGGACCUAGAUGUUAUCCUGGUUCGAAUGACUCUAGGUGCCCUAAACCAACGACACAAGCACCUCCUAAUUGCUAUCCAGGAAAUAAUGACCCUAGGUGCCCUAAACCGACUACCCAAUCACCACCAAAUUGCUAUCCAGGAAGUACAGAUCCUAGGUGUCCUAGACCAACUACCCAGGCUCCACUUAAUUGCUACCCUGGAAGCACAGACCCUAGGUGUCCUAAGCCAACAACUUUAGCACCUACAACUCAAGCUCCUAGAUGCUACCCAGGCUCAAAUGACCCACGAUGCCCUAAACCUACCACACAAGCGCCCCCUAACUGUUAUCCAGGAAACAAUGACCCUAGAUGCCCUCGACCUACGCCCCCGUCAACCACAAGAAAACCCGCAUGCUACCCUGGUUCCCCCGACCCUAACUGCCCUCAACCAUCAAGACCUACAACAUUAACUCCUCCCACUUAUCUGCCACCUUCCACCCAAGGUCCAAGAUGCUACCCAGGCUCUAAUGAUCCUAGAUGUCCCAGGCCUACCACUCAGGCACCGCCAAACUGCUAUCCUGGAAGCACAGACCCUAGGUGCCCUAAGCCUACUACUUUAGCACCAACUACCCAACCUGCUCCUAGAUGCUACCCAGGCAGCCAAGAUCCUAGGUGCCCAAGACCAACUACCCAGGCUCCGCCAAAUUGCUACCCUGGAAGCACAGACCCUAGGUGCCCUAAACCUACCACUUUAGCACCAACUACCCAACCUGCACCCAGAUGCUACCCAGGCAGCCAAGAUCCUAGGUGCCCAAGACCAACUACCCAGGCUCGGCCAAAUUGCUUCCCUGGAAGCACAGAUCCGAGAUGCCCCAGACCUACCACUUUAGCACCAACAACCCAACCUGCACCCAGAUGCUACCCAGGCAGUCAAGAUCCUAGGUGCCCUAGACCAACUACCCAGGCUCCGCCAAAUUGUUACCCUGGCAGCACAGACCCUAGAUGUCCCAGACCUACUACUCAGGCACCUCCUAAUUGCUACCCUGGAAGCACAGACCCUAGAUGCCCUAAGCCUACCACUUUAGCACCAACUACCCAACCUGCUCCCAGAUGCUACCCAGGCAGCCAAGAUCCGAGAUGCCCUAAACCUACGACACAAAAACCCGUAUGCUACCCUGGAUCUCCUGAUCCUAACUGCCCGCAACCUCCAAGACCUACGACUUUAACGCCACCUACUUACCUGCCCCCUUCCACUCAAGGGCCUAGGUGUUACCCUGGCUCAACCGACCCCAGGUGCCCUAAACCUACUACUCAAGCUCCCCCGAAUUGCUACCCUGGAAGCACAGACCCUAGGUGCCCUAGGCCUACCACUUUAGCACCAACUACCCAACCUGCACCCAGAUGCUACCCAGGCAGCCAAGAUCCUAGGUGCCCUAGACCAACUACCCAGGCUCCACCAAAUUGCUAUCCUGGAAGCACAGACCCUAGAUGUCCUAGACCUACUACUCAAGCUCCACCGAAUUGCUACCCUGGAAACAAAGACCCUAGAUGCCCAAGUCCCACAACCCCGGCACCUCCAAGGUGUUACCCCGGCAGCACAGAUCCUCGUUGUCCCAAACCAACUACCCCCGCACCUACCACCCCCGCACCGACCACCGCAGCACCACCCAGGUGUUACCCUGGCAGCCAAGACCCUAGAUGCCCAAAGCCAACCACACAAAAGCCACGUUGUUACCCUGGAUCCCCUGAUCCUAACUGUCCCCAACCACCACGACCUACCACAGUAAGUCCUCCGACUUAUUUGCCGCCUUCUACGCAAGGGCCGAGAUGCUACCCAGGAUCUCAAGACCCUAGAUGCCCGCAGCCUACCACUCCUAGCUCUUGCUACCCAGGAUCGAAAGACCCUAAAUGCCCUCAACCCUUCAGGCCCAGCAGCACUAACCCCCCAUCGACAUAUCUACCGCCUUUCCCCAGUGAGAAUGAAAUUAAGGGGGGGAGAACUGCCAAAAAUGUAGACUACGAUGAUGAGGCCCAGGCUGCUAUAGAUAACUUCCAGUUCACAAGGACGAAGCCUCUCUCCAGAAAGGCUCGUGACGUCAGUCAUUUAGUCGAAACCAUUGCCCAGGCGACCAACAAUUCUGCUGUCCUCUACGUCACUGUUGGCUCAGUUCUGCUCAUGCUCUUAUCAGCAACCGUUGCUGUGUAUAUGUACAAACACAACAAGAAAUCUAACACUCAGAGUACUUGUUAAAUAAUACUUUGUCCUGACUAAACUGAAAAUAAGCGUGAAUCAUUUUUUCGUGACACUCGUUGCCAUGGUUACGAUUAAUUGUCCAGGGGACAAAAUACUGUUGAAAUCCUGACUUCAUGAUAUUUAUAUCCAACAUGCAUUUUUUUAUAACCAAUUUCCAUAAUAAUGGGUCAUCUACUAAGCAUGUUAGUAGAACGGCAUCCAACAUCUCUUCAAAGUGUUGUAAUAUUGUCCCUUGGACAACGGGGCAGGAUAACACGAAAAAGUUGAUUCACCCAUAAAAUUAAUACAAAUAAAAAGAUUUUCGAAAUAAGGACACGCGAUUAAAUAAAUAAAUGAUAGCAGUGAUGGUUUAUGUCGCUAUUGCGCUGCUUUUAUAUAUCAUUAUGUUGAUUUAGUCAGGAUUAUUAAGAGUAAUCAUGCAUGAUACAUUGUGAUACUAGUAAGUUUUUUUAUAUCAUGAUUUUUGUGAUUUUCAAUGCAAAUGGCUGCUUUUGCGUUAUUAUUUGUAUCUAUCACUGCCGUAUAUUUAAGCUAAAGUCAUAAUACUCGGAUGCCUAUUUUAUUUCUUAUAAAAUAGUGCCAUAAAAACUCCGUUCUGACGCAUCCUCAGAAAAUAUGUACAUAAAUAUUUCUUUGCAUACUUUAUUUAUUUGCCCUAGUCAAAAUAUUUGUAUUUAUAUUCUGAAACCUUCAAAUUUCAAGCUUGAUUUUGUGAUAUUUACAUGUUUGUAAAUAAUAAAUAAUAUAUGCCAGGGGGCCGAUUUUUGAAUUUCGAUCGUUCGAUUUUGUCACUCGAAAAUCGGUGGAAAACGGCGAAAUACUAAUUUUUGAAAUUCGAGCGAUAGAAAUUGGGAAUCUAGUGGUAUUGACCACUCGUUUUCAAUUCUAUUAGUAGAAUUUAAAUGCCUAGUUGUGGAGAUAUUAUUUAAUGAAAUACACGAAAUCGAGUGGUCGAAUUUCAAAAAUCGGUCCCCAGUAUUUGUAUGUGGCCAUUCGAUGUAAAAAAUAUGUAUUUUAGUUACUUUGUAAUAUUAUGUCAAACAAGUUGACUUGCCCAGUUAUGUACAAAAACAGUUAAACAGUCGGCGGCAAAUGUUGCUACUCGGACGAAGGGCUCAAAAAGAUCUACACAAGCUCUUAUACUCUUGAUCGUAGAGUCGUGUUGAGACCAUUUUGAGCACUUGUGUUGCUGAUUGUACAUUGAGAUGUAAGAAAUGUAAAAAUUAGAAUGUGUUAUGUUUAAGUCGACCGCUUUUGUACAUUUCGGGUGUUUUUAAGAUUUGAUGUUUUGUAUCAAAUAAAACAUUCUAUGAAUGUAAAUUUAUAAAAAA